AUGGCGCAACGAAUUCUUCUUAUCAAUGGCCCCAACCUCAAUCUGCUGGGAACUAGAGAACCACAAAUAUACGGCUCAGCAACACUAAACGACGUCGUCAAACAAGCAAAAAUACAAGCAGCGGAUCUAUCUAUACAAAUCGAAGCCUUUCAAUCCAAUCAUGAAGGAGCCAUUGUAGAUAAGAUCCAAGCGGCGCGAGGGGAAAUUGAUGGAAUCGUCAUCAAUCCCGGCGCCUUUACUCACACGAGCGUAGCGAUUCGUGACGCUCUCCUUGGCGUCGGAAUUCCGUUUGUUGAGAUUCAUGUCUCGAAUGUUCACGCACGGGAGCAAUGGAGGCGUCAUAGCUACUUGAGCGACAAAGCGCAGGCGGUCAUUUGUGGAUUGGGCGUGUUUGGAUAUACUGCCGCAAUUGAGUUUGCCGCGAAGCAUAUGAAGGUUAACACUGGAGGAUCUAAGCUGUAG